AUGGACCUGAAUUCUCGAGAUUCUGAUUGUGAAAUGGAUUCUAUUCCGGAUGGACAGGGUGCACUUCUGGAAUUAGAAGCUAUGGAGAUGUGGGAGGGUAUUCCCAAACUGGAGCCAAUUCAAUCUGCUGAAAUUGUGGAAGUUGUGGAUGAAGAGCCAUGGUGGGUCAACUUCGAAAUUGGUUCGGUAGAGGGGCAAAAACGGGAAGAUGAAAGUGUGCCGGAGAUGACUCAGUUUUCCCGAAGUUACUCGCCAUUGGGUGAAAUUGAGCUAGAGUCAAUGGAACAAGGGUUGGAGCAGCAGGAUAACUCUAUGGGAUCUAUGGCCAGUGAGGAUGAUAUGGAUCCUGAUUACAUCCCGGAUGGUCAGGCAGAAUGGAUGGAAAUGGAGAGAAAAGCUGGCCGUUUUUAUGAUUAA